CCCGAGAUCACAUUCCCACCUUUUCUUUAGAAUAGGGUGUGCCACAACUUGUUGUAUUAUUAGUUUUAUACCAAUACUCUAUCUAAACCACAAAUUUUAUACAAAGUUUUUGUUCCAACAAGAAACUGCACUUCAAUUUGAUAACAGGUUCUUGCCCCCGACGUUCCAUCUCUCAAUCCAUUACUAAAAUAAUAUAACUAGAGGAAACAGAAAAGACUGGUUAUUAUGGGCUUAUUCAAACCUUCAACGCCCACUGGCCAACUGCUAGUGUUACCAACCUACAAGUUGGACUCGAAUUUGGUGCUUCUUCCAGGUAUUAUCUACAAUGUCACCUUCUCCCGCUUCAAGGCAGCAACUCUUUUGUCUCGCUUCAGAGGCCAAACAAGUGAGUUUGCCUUGGUGAAGAACUUAUUGAAUGAAUACGAAUUUGGUGAAAAUGACUACAGUCACGAUUCUGAAGGAUCUGACACUUCCACUAAUCCGGCGAGAAUCUCUCAAGAUGCACUUGAUGGUAUUCUCCGGUUUGUUGAAACGGAAUCCAACUUAAAGAAACCCUCAUCAACAUUUGAUGAAUCUUCUUCUAGCGUAAGCUCGGAGUUUGACACACUCAUUCUUGCUGUAGGCCCAAAUCUUGAUAAAAUCAGAGAACCAGUGCUACUGGAGCAAAUCGACGAUGAAGAUAUCAAGAAUAAUAUUGUCACUGUCGUUCGUAUUGUUGGAAUCACUGAUGAUUCCACUUCCGUGCGUCUUACACUUCAGGCUUUGACAAGAGGCUCGCGCAUUCAAGGAUAUAGAUCAGAUGGUCCAAAUGAAGCACUUAUUGAGGUUGAUUGGGAUUUUGUGGUGAAUGGAAUCAAAGAAAAGUAUCAAACUUUAAGUAAAAACGUAUCUUUACUCUUCUCAUCUAUUGACAACUUUGUUAUCAGCUACCGUCUGGCUCUCAACACUGCCACCAAUUUGGCAAAGAAAGCUAAAACUGGUGCAUCUGGUGCUGGAGGAUCGAAAGAUACUGGGGAUCUUUUAACUCUCAACCCAUUAGCUAAUGCUCUUUAUAUGCAAUUAGCUGGUUCCAAGGAUUUCUCCAAAGCAUAUUCUAGUCUUCAAGGGAUAUAUGCUGGUUAUGAUUCUGAUAUCGGUGCUGUGGAUACCAAAUCUUUCUUGAGACUUCUUGAUUUGACUUGUGCCAUAAUGCCAUUCCCUAACCAUAUGAAAUUGACUUUGUUACUGAAGCAAGUACCAGCUGAUAGAAUCGAAGUUUUAUCUGGAAUGAUUCGCUCCUUGAAUUCAGUGUUUGAAACUGUCAAAGAAAAUGGAGCAUUUGUAAACCAUUGGUUCUAUAAAGAAGCUACCAACACACAAAAGGCAAAUGUGGUUGCCAACCAAUUGAAGUCUAUUAGACUUGUACUUGAAGGGAUGGCCAAUACUAAAGGAGGAGUGAAACCUCCACUGACAGCUGCCCAAACUCCUAGUCGUCAACUUAUUCGUCGACCAAAUGGACCCCCUUCGCAGCAAUCCCAACAAUCCAAAGGUGCGAAUGAUUAUACUGAUGAUGAUAAUGACGAUGAUGAUGAUGAUGAUCUUCGUUUGAUCAAAGAUUUUGUCAAGAAUCAAUUACCUGGCAUUGUUUCAAUCACAAAUGAUGCUAAAAGGUUGAUUAUUAAAGACUUUAAACGAAUCAAAUCUUCUCCGCCUGGAAAUUCUGACUUUUAUGUCAUUCGUAACUAUUUGGAAAUUGUUGCGGACUUACCAUGGGAUAAAUAUGUCACCAAAUUCCAAUCUAAUAAGGAUAUUGACGUAGUUGCUGCUAAGAAGCAAUUAGAUGAUGAUCAUUAUGGAUUGGAACAUGUUAAGCAAAGAUUGAUUCAAUACCUCGUGGUUUUAAAGUUGUUGGGCAUGAAUGCAGACCAUGAGUAUGAGACUAAGAAAAGACAAGAGGAAAUGCGUCGCGCUGAUAAGUCUUCCUCUUCAUCUUCGCUCGAACUUGAUAAUAAGAAGGCUGUUAAUAGAGAUGGUCUGAUUAACGAAUCGAUUGUUAUUGCCAAUAAUGAUGAAACAUCGUUGGCACAUGCAUCGGCAAGGGAGAAAAAUCAGAAAACAAAGGCUGAGAUCAAACAGGAAGAAAUUACCAAGGCUAUAGUUAAGCAACAGGCCGUAGCAUCAAUGCUCUCUAGAAAGAAUAGUAAAGCUCCAAUCAUUUUAUUGGCUGGACCACCAGGUACUGGUAAAACCUCAUUGGCCAAAUCAAUUGCAAAGUCAUUGGGCCGAAAGUUCCAAAGAAUUGCAUUGGGUGGUGUCAGAGAUGAAGCGGAGAUCAGAGGUCAUAGACGUACUUAUGUUGGAGCAAUGCCUGGGGUUAUUGUUCAAUCUUUAAGAAAGGCAAGAUGUAUGAAUCCUGUCAUUUUGUUGGAUGAAAUUGACAAAGUUUCGGGAGGAGCUGAUGGAGCAAAUAAGGUUCAUGGAGACCCUGCUGCUGCAUUAUUGGAAGUAUUGGAUCCAGAACAGAAUUCAUCCUUCAUUGAUCAUUAUCUUGGGUUUGCUGUUGACCUUUCUCAAGUUAUCUUUGUAUGUACUGCGAAUGAACCAUACAAUUUGUCCAGACCUCUUUUGGAUAGAUUGGAAAUGAUUGAAGUUGGUGCAUAUGAUUAUAAUGAGAAGAUUAUCAUUGGGAAGAAAUAUUUAUUACCACGUCAAGUCAAGAGAAAUGGAUUUCCACAUGAUAAUCUUGUAAAGAUUAAUGAUGACGUGAUGGAGAAGAUCAUAAUUGAUUAUACUAGAGAAGCAGGUGUUAGAAAUUUCGAAAGAAAAUUGGGUACAAUUUGCAGACAUAAGGCAGUUGAAUACUCUCAAUCCUUAUCUGACAAUAGUAUUGAUUAUAGUGUUGAAGUUGAGAUUCAGUCCUUACCUAAAUACUUGGGGAUUCCAUAUUCUCCAUUUUCAAAAGAUUUACAAGAACCUUUCCAAUCCGCUAAAUAUGGUGUUGUGAACGGUUUGUCAUACAACACAGACGGUUCUGGUUCCGUUUUAAUAUUUGAGAGUAUUGGAUUUGCUAGUGACAAAUCUUCUUUGAAUAUGACAGGGAGACUUGGAAAUGUUUUAAUGGAAAGUGCUAAAAUAGGACUUACAUUUGUCAAGCUGGUGUUACAUCGCAAUUUAUUGAACUUAUCUGAUCAUUUCGCUGAUAGUCAGGGCCCAGUGGAUAAACUUAGUAAUUUGGAGAUUCAUUUACAUGUUCCCCUGGGUGCAAUUCUGAAGGAUGGGCCAUCUGCCGGUAUCACCAUGGCUUUACUGUUUUUAUCUCUUAUCAUUGAAAAGCAAGUGCCUUCAGAUAUUGCCAUGACUGGUGAAAUCACCUUGCGUGGUUCAGUAUUGCCAAUUGGCGGUGUCAAAGAAAAGCUUCUUGGUGCUCAUUUGUCAGGAAUGAAGAAGGUUAUUCUUCCAAGAGAAAAUAGAAAGGAUAUCAUAAAGGAGUACUGCUUUGGAAUCAAUGAUGAUUCCGACCUCAAUGACCUCUUGAUCGAUAACGACAACAGAGUAGGUUACAAACGCAGAGAACCAGAGGAUUAUAUCUACAAGAAAUUGGGUUUGAAAUUGUACUUUGCAAGUGAAUUCUGGGAUGUUAUCAAGGUGGUUUGGGGUAAUGAAUUGUUGGAAAAAGUUGAUCAAGCACGUAUUGUGGAAUAUCAUUUGUAGGUGUCAAAAAAAAAUAUAAUAUAAUUUAAAAUAAAAUAAAGU